AUGGCGCUCGCAGUGGGCAUCGGCAUCGGCAUGGCAAUCAUCACAACCGUCAUAGCCAUCGACGGCUACGUCCUCUACCGCAAGAGACAGCUGAAGAAGAAGGGCGAUCCCGAAGCUCCAUCCGGCGCGGACUUGCAGCCGACGGACUCCUCUCAGCCGGGAGAGCAGUCCAACGGGCCCCAGAGAAAGGACCCCGAUGUCUCGCAUACCAAUUUCCAGGCGGAGAUGGCAGAGACUUCAAUCCAGCAUGGCGAACAACCUCUGAAGAAGACAAAGUCCAGAGAUCGAGAGAGUCUUAAGAAGAAGGUGAUGGAUGAUGCGGAGCGUAAAGCGGAGGACAAGGCGCAGGAUGAGAGAGCAUGGCUGUGA